UCCCUCUCUCUCGAUAUCCGUUAUCGAGAGUAAAUGUAAGGGCGUUAGGCCUAGAUUGUUUGAUGGUCGCCAAGGUGAUAGCCGGAUGAACUGUCAGUAAAAAUCAUGAAAAUCGGUAUAUUAAAUCGUUUUUCCAAAUGGUUUUGGAAUGAAGACGUAUGGUUACCGCCUAACAUGACAUGGAAAGACAUAGAAAAGACAGACGUAAUCAAAUAUGCACAGUUUAAUGAUUUAUAUUAUGGUCUGCUGGUAGCUGUGGUGUUGCUGAUCAUUAGAUUUACUCUAGAGAGGUAUAUAUUUACACCCAUUGGAAUAUAUUUUGGUUUAAAACCUUCUCGUCCCAAAAGAGCUCCCGAGAAUCACGUCUUAGAGAAAGCAUUUCGAGCUAAUGGAAGAAUAGGUUACAAACAGAUUCAAGGUUUGGCUAAGCAAUUAGAUUGGACUGAGAGAAAAGUGGAAAGAUGGUUACGACAGCGGACGCUUCAAGAUAAGCCCACGACUCUUGCAAAAUUCACAGAAAGCUCAUGGAGAUUUACAUUUUACUGCAGUAUUUUUGCAUAUGGAUUAUAUACAUUGUCUGAUAAGCCGUGGCUAUGGGAUACAAAACAUUGUUGGUAUGACUAUCCUCAUCAUUCCAUGACAAGCGAUGUUUGGUGGUAUUAUAUGGUUGAAUUAGGAUUUUAUACGUCAUUGACAUUUUCUCAAUUUAUGGAUAUUAAAAGAAAAGAUUUUGCACAGAUGUUUGUUCAUCAUAUUGUUACCAUUCUUUUGUUGGUAUUUUCUUGGUCGAGUAAUCUUACACGUAUCGGAACUAUUGUUUUAAUUGUUCACGACUUUGCAGAUUGUCCCUUAGAGGCAGCAAAAAUGGCAAAGUAUAUUCAUAAACAACGCCUUGGUGACAUGUUGUUUGUAGUUUUCACAUUAGCAUGGAUAGUAUCUAGGUUGGGACUAUACCCAUAUAGGGUAAUAUAUAGUACAGCUUUUGAAGCUGUCACAUGUACUGCAAUGUUUCCUGCUUAUUACAUUUUUAAUGGAUUAUUGUGUGCCCUGCAAGUGCUUCACAUAGUGUGGACCUGGAUGAUCAUUCGAGUUGCUCUUCAAGCAAUCUCCUCGAAACAGGUGAAAGAUAUCCGUAGUGAUGACAGCAGUGCUGCCAGCAGCAGUAGCAGCUGUAAUGCAGACGGAAACUGCAAUAAUAGAACACGCAGAAAAUCUUGAGAUCUGUUUGAUUAGCAUGUUCCAAAAAAGGACAUUCCAUCUUCCAGUGGCCCACUUGCCUUUGUGAAUGUAUAAUUGCCACUUGUUUGAAAAUGGAAACCAUCAAAACUUGGUUGAAUAGAAUCCUUAUCCCUCAGCUAUCAAUUCAAAAUAGACACUUUGACGUGUAUUUUAUACUUGCAAAAAAAAAUUGAUUGGUAUCUGCAUUUUAUCAUUUGACAAAAAUAUUUGUAUAACAAGUAUUAUGAUGAUAACAUUCUCUAUGUUCACCCAUUUGCAAAGGUUUUUUUUUUUUGUAAUUACAAGGUUGCACAUUAGUUAAUAAUUUACUCCAGAAUAUUUCCUCUCCACUUCUAUUUUUGCAGUACCAAGUUUGAUGUAAAGCCAGAGUGUCACUCUGUAAUGCAUAGAACAAAAACUGUCUAGUUAUGUUACUCGGGCUCUCAGGCAUUUUUACAAAUCAGAUUUACAUAUAAUUGUAACAUUUAGUCAAUUUAAAAAAAAAAUGGACCAGAAAAAUCGCUCAGGUUUCGCAGCAUUUGGACUAUGCUUAUUUUACGAAGGUUGACCAUUAUUUGAAAGCCCCCUUUUCUUUGUCGUAGAAUAUAAUAAUUGUAAACAACUGAUUUAUUGUGCUAACUUGCAUUAAAAAUACAAAAUGACAUAAAUAAGAAAACAAAAAAAGGAAACAAAUUUUGAAUUUAUGAUUCUCUUAAACAUAACUUGUACAGUGUUUGCAGUAACCAUUGUUUAAACCAUCGACAGUAUUUGUACUUUUUUUUAAAAUCAUAAUUCAUCACAUUUGCCUCCAUUCCAUCGAAUAAUCGGCCAAUAUUUCACGAAUACAUUAUUGUAAAGAUAAAAAAAUGAAAGUAAAUUUAUUAUUUUUGGUAAAAAUUUAAUCAAAACAUCGUAAAAUAAUUAAUUAUUAAACAAGAAUAGUUAACUUUUACUAUCAGUAUGUCACGUUUUUCUGUAAAAAAAAAAAAUAAUAAUCUAGUCUCUUGUACUAAAAGAAAUGCGGUCAUUUUAAAAACAUGUGAUGUAAAGAUUGUGUCUUGUGUAAGUGCACCAGUAUCAGAAAUCUGGAAUCACAGACAAUGUCGAUACAAAAAAAAUUAUUCCAUGUUUACAUUAAUCUUUGAACUAACUUUUAAAUUGCUGUUAACUAGAAUAAUUUAAAUGGAUAUAUUUAGAAAUAUAUUCCAGUUUCCAAAGGUUGUAUCCGUGUGUAAUAAUUUAACUGGGGGGAGUCUUGAAAUUUUUAAUUUAUUUUGAGCAAAAAUUGUAUGCAAUAGUAGCUUUUUAUGAUUAAAAAAAGGAAAAAAAUAUAUAUAUAUAAAUAUACACUUAAUUACUGCGUUUUGUUUAUUAUUUCAUGUUUGUUGUGCCGUGCAUGCAGUUUCUGCCUCACAAAUGCAGUUACUAGAAAUCCGAUUUGCUCGAACUGAACUCUGUAAUGUUCUUUAUGGGCCCAAUAAUUAAUUUCUUUUGCCAGUAAUAGCUAUAGCUAGUCUGCUUUUUUUUUGUUGUUUUGUUAAUUAUGAUUGAUUAAAUUAAUCGUAUUGUUGUUUACUAUCUAGGGAACAAUAUUUCAAUUAUUGCAAGAAGAAAGAGGCUGUAGUUCUAUAACUAAGUAUACAUGAUGUUACGAGUCUCAUCUAAAAUUUUGCAUCAUUUAUAAAAUUUCCAAGACAUAUUCCUGCGAAUCGAUGCAAAUGAUUAAUUUUUGAGACAUUUAAUUCGGGUUUAGGAAACAAAAAAUGCUAUCAAAACUAUUUUACUAUACUUUUUUUUUUUCUAUUAUUCAUUGUUGUAGAAAAAUUUCUCUUCUUGUUAGUUGUGAAACUUCUAGAAUAAAUUAUGAAAUAAUUUAUUAAAAACUUUAUACAUGUUAUAAUAUAUUUGAGGUUGAGAUGCUCAGAUUUUUUAUAAUAAACAGCAGUAUUUAUAGAUGUUACGAAGUAGAAAUAUAUAAAAUUAACAGACAUCAAAUCCAAUUUCUUGGAAUGUUUCUCCAAUUUGGAUUUGGUGGUUUUGUAUAGUUUCGACUCACUUUGCAAAUUGAGUGUCAAUUUAGUUAAUUGUAGAUGGUGUGCACUAACUAGUUCUUGUGAUAUCGCUUAUUGUCAAAGGUCCAACUAUUUGCAAAGUUUAGAUUAUAGAUUCUGGUGUAACUAAUACAAUUACUUAAAGGAAUGGAAAGUGGAUUGUACUGAAGUUCUUUAAAAUUUAUUGUUCGAUAUUUUAUGAACUGAAUUCAGUUUGAACUUCCAUUGAAUCAGAUUGUUUUUUUUUUUUUUUUUCUUUCUCUUUCUACCCCAUGGGCACUAUGUCCCUUUUGAGCUUAUUGUGGAUUCAGUCAGAUGGUGAGGGAUGGGUUCUGUGUUUUCAGGGUGGACUGGCACUGAAAAAUUCCUGAGGGUUUUGAUGGCUCAGAUUUAAUUCCAGAUCCCACAGGGCACUAGGACUAUGCCUUAACUGCCUUGCCAUCUGGCCAGUCCAUCAUAUUGGAUUAAAAUCUAUUGAUUUGCUGUCCUACAAUUUCAUUUAUUCUGUCAUAUGAUCCUGCUAUAAAUAAUUAAUUUACAUCAUUUGGUAGUGUUUACCUUUUAUAUUUUAUCUCCUUAUAUUAAACUAUUUUAACAAGUAUUUUUCUGGGAUGAUAAAUGCAGUUGUUUUAUGAGAAAACUUCAUUACUCUUACUUUCAGUACAUUUUAUAGCUGCAUAUUUUAAUGGAAUACUAUUAAACAAAUAUUAUUUAAUUAUGUAUAUGAAAUUAAAUAGGAAAAUUGUUAGUAAUAUUCCAUGUAAUUGUGUAAUAUAGAAGUACAAAAAGUUGCACAUGAAAUCAUUAUAUUUGACAAUUGAAUAGGUUGAAUUCUGGGAUUCCUCUAUUAUCUUUAAUUAAUAUACUACUCUAGCAAAUGUUUGAUGGUUUACACAAAGGAAAACUUUAUAUCAAGAAAGACGUGCAGUUUAAGUCAUCGUUGUCUUAUGCAGAAGGUGUUGGACUAAAACGACAUUCCUGUAAAUAGUUUUGACAAUAGAACAUAAAGUUAUUGUAGAUAAUGGCUAUUUUAUAAAAUAACUGCAUGCGGUAAUGAGCAUAAUACACGCUAACGAGAUAUAGAAAAUCACAUUGUUGCCGAUAAGAUAUUUUAACUGCAAAUGUGGGUUUGGCUCUAAUCGGAAUCGUGAGCACCGAACGAUAGAUGUGUCUUUUAAUUAAAAUAAUUGUUUUGUAGUUGGCAAUUUCGGCAAUCUCGAUGUAUUGGAAAAUUCUGGCAUCACCUAAAAUAGUUUGCAACUCAGAAAUAAAAGUAUUUGCAUAUGCUUUACGAAUCGUGA